GAGAAAUUCACAAAAUAUGUAAGGUUCCAUUCCUCACCUCCAAUUUUGCCUAUAAAUGCAAACCUGCUGCCAGCCAGCAGACCAUUCACGAUUAAACGAUAUAAGAAUCAGACAGUUAAAAACAACGAAAAACAGACAAAGACAAUAAUACAUUCACACGAUAAUUACAGAUGGUAGAACAAAACAACGACGCAGAGAAGUCUGCCCUACAGCAAUAUGGUAGAGACCUCUGUGAGGACGCUGCGAAUGGGAAGCUCGACCCCGUAAUAGGUCGAGAUGAAGAAAUACGGCACGUCAUACGAGUGCUUGCCCGUCGAACCAAGAAUAAUCCAGUUCUCAUUGGUGAGCCGGGAGUCGGUAAAACGGCUAUAGUUGAGGGACUAGCUCAACGUAUAGUCAAUGGCGAUGUGCCAGAGAGUUUGAAAUGCAAGCUCAUAGCUCUUGACAUGAGUGCUAUUGUAGCAGGUGCUAUGUACAAGGGCCAAUUCGAGGAGCGUUUAAAGGCAGUACUGAAAGAAGUAGAGGAUGCGGCGGGUAAAAUCAUUCUAUUUAUAGACGAAAUCCACGUUGUCUUGGGUGCUGGUAAGUCGGAAGGUGCGAUGGACGCCGCCAAUCUUAUGAAGCCGAUGUUAGCCCGAGGCCAACUCAAGUGUGUCGGUGCGACCACUUUGGCAGAAUAUAGAAUGCAUGUGGAGAAAGACCCAGCGUUUGAGAGACGAUUUCAGCAAGUGCUCGUAGGCGAGCCAAACGUGACAGACACAGUUACCAUACUCCGAGGACUCUCUAAGCAGUAUGAGCAACACCACGGAGUGAGAAUUACAGAUGAUGCGUUGAUUAAAGCUGCACAGCUAUCGUCGCGUUAUAUUUCAGGGCGGUUUCAGCCUGAUAAAUCGAUAGACUUGAUCGAUGAGGCUUGCGCAAAGGUGAGAGUUCAGCUAGACUCACGUCCAGAGGUGAUUGAUAAACUUGAGCGGCAGAAGUUGCAACUCGAGAUCGAGCAGAAGGCUCUCAAGGGGUCGAAGGACAAACAGCGAACUAAAGAAGUGAAGGAGAGCUUAAAGCGAAUCGAAGCCGAGUUGCAACCACUCCUCAAGCGCUAUGAACGCGAGAAAUCGAGAGUUGACGAAAUCAAUAAGACGCAAAAGAAAUUGGCCGAACUAUACAACAAAAAGAACACCGCACAGCGACAGCGGGAUGUACAGACGGCCAGUGAUCUGGAGUAUUUUGCCAUACCUCAGUUACAAGAGAAGCUACGACAGUUGCAGAUGGAAGAGACGGAUCGCAAGGAACGUAUGAUGGCGGUAGAUGAAGAAAGUGACGAGAAGCCGCUGGUCGCUGAGGUGGUCGAUGUGAACCAGAUUUAUGAUGUAGUGAGUCACUGGACGGGUAUACCCGUAAGCAAAAUGGGUAUGAGUGAAAGAGACAAGAUUUUGACCCUCGACAAGAGUCUAGCCGAGCGUGUAGUUGGCCAACAAGAUGCUGUGGAUUCUGUAGCCGCUGCCAUCAUGCGUAACAAGGGUGGACUGUCUCGAGAGAAGCAGCCCAUUGGUUCGUUCCUCUUCUGCGGUACCACGGGAGUAGGUAAAACGGAGUUGGCCCGCGCACUGGCUGUGCAGCUCUUCGACAACGAGAAGAACAUGGUACGGAUAGAUAUGAGCGAGUACAUGGAAAGCCACAGUGUAUCUCGGCUCAUCGGUAGUCCGCCUGGUUAUGUCGGGUAUGAGCAAGGAGGUCAGCUGACCGAGGCUGUGCGCCGACGUCCCUACAAUGUCGUACUGUUCGAUGAGAUUGAGAAGGCACAUCCGUCUGUUCUGAACGUGCUGUUACAAAUUUUAGAUGACGGUGUUUUAACAGACUCACAUGGCAAGCGCGUGGACUUUUCGAACACUAUCAUCAUCCUUACCAGCAAUGUAGGUGCCGAGUUUUUGCUGGCGUCUGAGGAUACACCCAAGUCAAAGGAGCUGGUGAUGGCUGCUGUGCGGGCGCAUUUCAAACCUGAGCUUCUCAACCGUAUCGAUGAGAUAGUGCUGUUCAACAAACUCUCGAGAGACAUGUUAGCAAGUGUACUCACUCUGCAGCUUAAGAAUGUUGCCGAUCGCAUUAAGGACCGUAACAUAUCCGUUAACCUCUCAUACGAAGCAAUUGACUAUAUCAUACAAGAGGCUUAUGUGCCAGAGUACGGGGCACGGCCUUUGCGUCGAUACCUCGAGUCGAAGGUGGUUACACCUUUAUCGAAGAUGAUACUCAAGGACGAAGUGCAAGACGGAGAUAUAGUCGAAGUGUCUGCCAAUAUGCAAGGACUAGUUCUUACUCGCACGCCAGGUCCGGAUUCUGUUGCUAAGGAACCAAAACGUAGGCGAAUGUUGUGAGGAGAGGGUGAACGAUAGAGAAGAAAUCUGCUACAAGUUUGAUCCGAAUAGGAUUUGAGUGUAUUUAAACAUCAAGGAAGGUAACAAAACAGAUAUUAUAAUAUUAGUGAAUCAAGUAACGCAAUAAAAGUUAUAAAUACAGA